GCAGCUUGCACAUGUUGGUGCUGAACGUGGAGGAGAAACAUAAACAGUGAGAGAGGUUAGAGUUUCUGUUAAUCUGUGAAUCUCUAGGGUUCUCCCCGGAGUUGGGUUUAUUUGACCAACAUGGAGGACGUGAACGUCAUCAAGCUGCCGGUGACAGAGGAGCAGAAACCGGCCAAGAAGAGACGCCGAGCCCCGGGGACCAGGGAGCGGGCUCCGGGGACCGGCGGCGGGGCGGAGGAGGAGCUGCGGCGGAAGAACGCGUCCAGCCUGGCGGCGCUGCGGCGGGGGGACGGGUCGGUGCGGCUGCUGGAGGAUCUGCUGUUCGGAGCGGAGGAGGAGCUGCUGGUCAGACUGGCCGAGCAGGAGGAGACGACUGAGACCUUAUUGGAGGAGGACAAAGACGACGAUGACGACAAAGACGAUGACGACAAAGACGAUGACGAGACUCGUCUGCAGCCGAGCAAAGAGGCAGCCUGGGUGGACGAUGACGACGAGCUGGAGGAGGAGGUGGACAUGAAGCAUCGUUACCGUAGAGACCUGAUGAAAGGAGAGGCGGAGUCAACCAUGACCAAACACACACUGCAGCAGAGGAUGAGAGAGACGUUCCAGAGGUCGAUGGGAGGAGCUCCAUCCUGGGCAGAGAGCAAGAAGAAGAAGAAGAGAAAAGCAGAUGAAGACGAGGAUGAUGAUGAAGAGGACGACGAGCUGCUGAGGAGGACGGGAAACUUUGUGGCGUCUUCAGACCGUCUGCCCAGCGGAGUCCUGAGGAUGAAGAAGUGUCUCCAUGCCAACAGCGCCCGUCCCUCUGAGGACAGACUGACCUCAGUUCAGUUCCACCCUUCUGCUCAGGUGGUGAUGACGGCUGGCCUCGACCAAUCCGUGUCUCUGUUCCAGGUGGACGGGAAGACCAACCCAAAGAUCCAGAGCGUCCACCUGGAGCGCUUCCCUGUCCACCGGGCGCGGUUCAGCCGCGGCGGGGACACCGUCAUCGCCACCAGCCUCAGGAACAGGAUGUUCUACCUGUACGACAUGAUGCAGGGCACGGUCAUGCCCGUCACACAUGUCAGAGGUCUGAAUGAGGAUCGGGUGAAGGAGUUCUCUGUGUGUCCUGAAGGAGACGCUCUGCUGCUGACUGGAACCAACGGAUACUUGCACCUCCUCACACUCAAGACUAAGGAGGUGGUGUGUAGUCUGAAGAUGAACGGUGAUGUCAGCGGCGUUGCUUUCUCUCAUGACGGCAGCAAAGUUUUCGCCAACUCAGAGGACGGCCAGGUGUAUGUGUGGGACGUGCGGGGCAGCAGACGCUGCGUCAGCAGGUUCUCUGAUGACGGCUGUGUGACAGCGACCUCCAUCGCCACCUCACCAAACGGACAGUUCCUCGCCUGCGGCUCUCAGUCGGGCGUGGUCAACAUCUACUCUCAAGAGGCAUGUCUUCUCUCGUCCAAUCCGAAGCCUCUGCGUGCGGUGAAGAACCUGCUGACCUCGGCCACCUCGCUGACCUUUAACCCCUCCUCUGAGAUACUUGCCAUCGCGUCCCGAGCCGAGGACGAGGCCGUCCGCCUGGUGCACCUUUCCAGCCUGUCUGUCUUCUCUAACUUCCCGGUUUCCAGGAGGAAGGUCGUUUAUCGGACCAGCUGUCUCGACUUCUCUCCUCACAGUGGCUUCUUCUCAUUGGCUAACAACAAAGGACACGCCCCUCUCUUCAGGCUGCUUCACUACAAAGACUUCUGAAGACUUCCUGUGGAUGUUUUGGAGGCGAAGCAGCAGGAAGUGAUGGCUGAUGUGAUUUGUAGUCCUGGAGUUCUGAUCAGCUGAAGAACCAGUUUUUUUGUUUUAUUAUUCUGUAUGAAAUGUUUGUAUAAAGAAUGAAAAGGUU